AUAAACGUGAGCGCCGGAGCUAAGACGUCAGAAGCACGAGAAACGGCAACACGUAAACAAUGCUACCCAACUGGCUAACCGAGGAGUAUUUGCAGCCCAGGCUGAGGACUUACUGCAAGGACGAUCAGCUGAAGGUCCUCAAAAUCUGGGCCAAGCCGGCAACCGGAAAGGGUGAGAACUUCGUGGGCGUCAUGACCCGAAUCUACGUGGACUACCAGCUGGGCGAUGGAUCGGUUCAGAAGAAGACCUUCAUCGUGAAGCAGGCCCUUCCCGAGGACGUUCCCCAGGCGGAGGUGUUCUUCGAGUACGAACUCUACACCCGGGAGAUGGACAUGUACGAGUUCGUCCUUCCGAAGUUGAAGGAACUGCUGCAGGAGGCUGGCCUGGACGGAAAGCUCACUGCAGACGCCAUCGCCGUGGAUCGGGAGUACAGCACCAUGAUUCUGGAGGAUCUGGAGCCGUACAAGUUCGUUAACGCGGACCGAGUGAAGCAGUUGGAUCUGGCUCACACCAAGCUGACUCUGGAAAUGCUGGCCAAGUUCCAUGCUGCAUCCAUAAUCCUACAACAGCGCCAUCCUGAGCUACUGACCAAGUGCUUCUUCACCCACUUCUUUUCGCGCGACAAAAAGGCCUAUUCUGAGGUCUUUACGGGUUUGUUCCGGGCUUUUUUGCGGUUCAUAAAUGGCCAACCGAAUCUGAAGCAAACUUAUGGCGACAAGCUGGAGAAAUUGCGUAGCCACAUCAUGGAGUACGGAGCUCGGGUCUACGAUGUGGGUGAAGGAGAUCUGAGGACGUUGAACCACGGCGAUUGCUGGACCACCAACAUUAUGUUCCAGUACGAUGACGCCGGAGAUCCCCAGACUGUCGUGGCUAUAGAUUUCCAGUUCAGCAACUGCACCUCCCCCACCAUCGACUUGCACUACUUCUUCACAACUUCCCUGAAGGAAGAAGUUAGGGACAAGGAACCGGAACUGGUUGAGCAUCAUUACAACGCCUUAAAAGCGAACCUGGAAAAGUUUUCCUACAAGGGAUUAUUUCCCACCCUUGAGGAGUACCAGCUUCAGUUCGAACGUCGCCGUUUCAUGAGUCUUAUGGCCCAUAUGUUCAAGCCUUGUAUGAUUUACAACGGCACUGAGGAGACCUCGGACUUCUCAAGUCUCUAUAAGGACACUACAGAAGGUCUUCGUUACCAGAAAUCUGUUUACGACAGCGAAGCUGUGAUCAGAAGUGCAACCAAACUCUUAGCAAUCCUGGAUGGUAAGGGUCUCUUGGAUCUGCAGUAGGCUAGUUCUUUAUUUUAAUUUAAAAAGUUAAAAAAAUAAACAUGAAUGUACCAAAAUUGAA